AAGGUUCUUCGACAUCAGAUCGAUGUUUUAACUCUUCACGCCAUUUCGAAAAAACAAAGACAAUGACGGCGCCCGUCCUUGCAACCGCUUUAUUUUCCCGGGCCGGACUGCACUUCCCUUCCCGAAAUAGUCUCGUCAUUCAUAUCAGGAACGCCUAACGACUCAGCAAGUGCCACGGGCCUCGCCGCGAAAGCUGAUAAGGCGCGAACCCGCCCUGGAGCUCCGACAGGCUGUCCCGAGAUCCCGAGCCAAGGGGUCGACGCCGCGCCCGCUCCCGUGCCGCUCCAGCCGAUCGCGCCUUCGUAUCGCCGACGUCGCUUCUUGUUUUGAGGCAGGGACGAGUGCCACGGGGGACUCCUCGGGGAUGGGUCACAGCGAGAACUACGGGGGAGGAGGAGCAGGAGGAGGAGGUGGAGGAGGAGGAGGGAGCCCGUCGGAAGUGUGUGUGGUGCGCCCAACCCUCAACGUCACCCAGCGCUGCCAGAAUUACCACUUCGACCCCGGCCAUUCUCCAGGGCUGCGGGAGGCGAUCCAGACUAAGGCGGCGGAGACCUGCAGCCUCUCGUGCGGUUGCCUGACGUCCGCCGUCACCGCCCGCCUGCCCAUCCUGUCGUGGCUGCCGGCGUACAAGCUGCGGGAGUCCCUUCUUGGUGACGUCAUUGCCGGCGUCACUGUGGCCAUCAUGCAUAUUCCACAGGGAAUGGCCUACGCACUGCUCGCCAACCUGCCGCCCAUCAACGGAAUCUACAUGGCUUUCUUCCCCGUCUUGAUCUACGCCUUCUUGGGCACCUCCCGCCACUGCUCCAUGGGUACCUUUGCCGUUGUCUGCCUGAUGACCGGCAAAGUCGUCGCAGAUCUGUCCACUCCCGAAGCCGCUAACCUUGAAGAAGAUAUGGCAAACAAUUCCACAAUGUCGGGACCUUCGUAUUCGGCAAGCCAGGUCGCCGCUAUGGUGUCCUUUAUGGUUGGGAUAUGGGAGCUCAUCAUGGGAUUGCUGCAACUCGGGUCCCUGAGUGUCUUCCUCUCGGACAUGCUGGUGUCUGGAUUCACGACUGGGGCUGCCAUUCAUGUGAUGACUUCCCAAGUCAAGUAUCUCUUUGGGCUUCACAUCCAAAGAUACAGUGGACCAUUAAAGAUUAUUUAUACGUACCGUGAUAUCAUCCAGCAAUUACUAAAAUCCAACCCAGCAGCUAUGGUUGCUUCCAUGAUCACAAUUGGUGCUUUGACAUUUAACAAUGAAGUGAUUAAGCCUAAACUGCGAGAAAAGACAAAAAUCCCCAUCCCCAUUGAACUUAUUGCUGUUAUUCUUGGAACUGUUGCAUCUUACUUUGGAGAGCUAAGUGAGAACUACGGCAUACGCAUUGUGGGAGAAAUUCCAACAGGAUUGCCUGAGCCAGAAGCUCCACCAUUUGAGCUUCUACCAAAAGUGGUUGUUGAUGCAUUCAUUAUCACAAUUGUAGCAUAUACAAUAUCUUUCUCAAUGGCAAAGAUUUUUGCUAAGAAGCAUAACUAUGAAGUUGAUGCAGCUCAAGAGUUAUAUUCACAGUCUGCAAGUAAUGUAUUUGGAUCCUUCUUUGGAUGUGCUCCCAUUGCUGCUUCUCUGUCUCGGUCACUAAUUCAGGAAGCAGUUGGGGGUGUCACUCAAAUCACGUCACUCAUCUCAUGUUCUCUUCUAUUGCUUGUCCUACUGUUUGUGGGGCCAGUGUUUGAAAAGCUUCCAAAUUGUGUUCUGUCAUCGAUCAUUGUUGUGGCACUGAAGGGUAUGUUCCUGCAAGUGAAUGACCUGAGGAAGGUGUGGGCCAUCUCACGUGCUGAUGCAUCAAUAUGGAUUGCGGCCUUCCUUGGUGUUGUUAUUAUUGACAUAGAUUAUGGCCUGAUGAUUGGGGUCCUGAUGUCACUGGUAGUUCUUCUUUUUAGAGGCCAAAAACCUAGCACAGCCAUUCUUGGUUCCAUCCCCAACACAGACAUUUAUUUGGAUAUUAAGAAGUACUCCUCAGCUGUGGAAAUACCUUCAGUUUGCAUAUUCCAAUUUAGUGGACCACUCCACUUUGCAAACAGUGAAUACUUCCGGACUCAGAUUUUCUCCAUGACUGGCCUAGACCCUAAUGUAAUUGUUAGUACAAAGAAGGCUCUAGAGAAGAAACAGUCUAAAUCCAACCUUACUGUCAAGGAGAAUGGGGUGCAUGAGAGUGCAGAGAAGAUCCCUGAGACCUCUGAGGAGAAACCGAAGGACAGCAUCAGUGAGAAGCAACUAAAUGGAGCUGCAAGGUUCAUUAAGGGGAGGUUCAGCAACAAGAAGAAUAAGCAUGUGGCACUUGCAUUGCCUGAAAUUAAAUGGUUAGUUCUUGAUAUGAGUAAGAUUAUCUAUUUGGAUUCCACUGGUGGGAAACUCAUUGCACAGCUCCGGAAAGAAUAUAAUGAAGCUGGCAUUACACUUAUUCUUGCUUCAGUGUCAGAAAGUGUAUUGGAGAGCUUAGAGAAAUGUGGCACCCUGAAGACAAUUGCUACGGAACAAAUCUUCCAUUCUGUCCAUGAUGCAAUUACUGUCCUCUUGUUAUUAGAUCAGUCAGCUGUUUCAAGCAGUAACUGCACCAAGCUCUGAACAAGUGUAUGAAAGAACAUCAUGCAUUUGUAGCUAUUAUAUAUUUUUCAUGCAAUUCAAAAAAAGACAACAUAUCACAGUGCAGGAAGGUAAAGUUGCAAUGGUGCUUAGCCUUCACUAUAACCAAGUUGAAAAGAGGAAAAAUGGUGUAGAGCUGCAUGAUCUGUAGAGUUAUUACAUUAAGAAGGUUCUAAAAAUGAUUCAGGAAAAAGGAAAAUUGGAUUAAAAUCUGCUUAUAAAGUAUUAAGGUAGGUAUUUAUGUAAUUUUAUUGAGAGAAAUGUAAAGUAUCUAUGUGCUGUUUCAUACUUAGUAGCUCAAAUGGUAUAUGUUUUUAUAACAAUCACACUUUUUUCUUAUCAAUAAUCACUUAGGGUUAUUAUUUUUUUUAACCAUCCAUAUUUUCUCGUGGUAAUGAAAUAUUUGUUGAGUUGAGUUCAUUCAUUUGUGUAAGUGUUCAUGUAGUAUUUGUUGCAAAUCAGGGCAGAAUUUUUACUGAAAAGUCAUUUUGGAAGUACAGUCUAUUUGCAAUCACGAGUUGCCAUAAAACAUCUCUAGAUGUUAAAAUAUUGAAAAAGACAAAUGAGUUUUUCAUGGAAAUGGCUCAGGUUCCAAAGACAUUUUUCAGGCUAAUUUUAGUAUGAAGUAUUUCUUUUGUACAAAGGUAGAAUAAUGCAUAGGAUGAAUACAGUGCAUUUUCAUCAUGAAACUUGAGAAAUGCUUUUACAAAAACGUGAAGUAAAUAAUGAAAUCCAUCUAUCUCUGUUUAUUAGUGGCCAGUCUAGCAAUUUGUCCAAGAAAUUUAUUACAGAUUCAACAAGUGUGUUCUUUAAGUUUGCUAAAUUUAUAACUCCUAGACCAUACUAAGUUGCAUUCUUGGAUUUUGCAUUUUUAGUUUAUAACUAUGAGUUGCCUUAGGACAACUAUCAAGUAGAAAGCUUCCCUUAUCAGUAUGUGUUUUAACAUAUUUCAUGUUACAACAUGAAAGCAUAGCUUCAUCAGUAAGAUGCAAGCACAUGCAUUAUUUAUAGGUUAUUUAUGGUAUGUAAGUUUUGUAGGGAGAAGCAAAUAAAUUAAUAUAAUAUUAGUAGUGACUGCAAAUGAUUAUGUAGUAAGUGGUAAAGAAAAUUACGACAUAAAAAAGACCAAUCUUCAGCAAGAUAAAUUCAUGCCAGAAUUUUCUCCUCGAGUUGAUAGAUAUAAGACUUAACAUUUUUCCUUAAAAGUUAUGACAUUAA